AUGUUCUCGAUGCGGUUGCUGUUUAGCAUUUCGCUAUGGGUCGCGGUCUCAUCCUUCCUACCAAAUAUUGUGAAUGCGAGCAACAAUGGAUUACAAAACAUCGUUACUUGGGAUGAACACUCUAUCCUCGUCCAUGGAGAGCGCUUGAUGAUUUUCUCCGGAGAAUUUCACCCAUUCCGCUUGCCCGUUCCUGAUCUAUGGCUAGAUGUGUUUCAAAAGAUCAAAAGCAUGGGAUUUACCGGGGUUUCCUUCUACAUGGACUGGGGACUUGUGGAAGGAAAUCCAGGGCACGUUGUUACCGACGGCAUAUUGGAUAUGGAAAAGUUUUUCCAAGCUGCUCGUGAAGCAGGAAUCUAUCUUAUUGCUCGACCAGGUCCGUAUAUCAAUGCGGAAACCUCAGCCGGGGGUAUUCCUGGAUGGGUUCUUCGAAAGAAUGCGACCAUUAGAUCGGACGAUCCUGAAUACCUCGAUGCGACAAAGGAAUAUAUGGCUACUGUAGGUCGAAUCAUUGAGAAGGCGCAGAUAACUCAUGGCGGCCCGGUUAUAAUGGUCCAACCCGAGAAUGAGUUUUCGACUUGGCCAGGCGUGACAGAUUUUCCAUCAGAUGCGAACCGACAAUACAUGAAGUUCGUGGAGCAACAGCUUCUUGAUGCUGGAAUAACUGUGCCAUUGAUUGUUAAUGACAAUCAAGUAAAGGGCUAUUGGGCACCAGGGUCAGGGUUAGGAGCAACAGACAUUUAUGGAAUUGAUGCUUACCCCCUACGAUAUGAUUGUGCAAAUCCAUCCGUCUGGCCCACGUACGAAUUUCCUCACGACUGGCAAGUUAUUCAUGAGCAGGAGAGCCCGACUACCCCCUUCGCGAUAGCUGAGUUUCAGGGAGGAUCCGGCGAAGGCUGGGGAGGCGUGCUUGAAGAGAUGUGCGCCGAGCUCAUUAACGAAGAAGCAGUGAGAGUCGUGUACAAGAAUAAUUACAGUUUUGGCGUGAAGCUUUUCAACAUCUACAUGACAUUCGGUGGCACAAACUGGGGAAACCUAGGUUAUAUGAACGGAUACACAUCUUAUGACUACGGAGCGGCAAUAACCGAGGAGCGUGGAGUCUGGCGCGAGAAAUUUAGUGAAGAAAAAUUACAAGCCAACUUUCUCAAAGUAUCACCCGCCUAUUUAACGGCGACACCAGGAAUCGGCGUCAAUGGAUCAUUUGGUGCGCCCGCUUCAAUUGCAGUCACGCCCUUACUUGGCAAUGGUACACACACAAAUUUUUACGUUAUUAGACACGCCGACUUCAGCUCUCAAGAAGAUACACAAUACACAGUUACCUUGCCGACAAGUGUUGGGAACGUUACUAUACCUCAGCUCGGUAACAGUUUGACCCUCGCCGGUCGCGAUUCUAAAUUCCACGUCACGGAUUAUGAUCUUGGCGGCAUUAACUUGAUCUACUCUUCAGCUGAGAUAUUGACUUGGGCUCGGGGUGCCGGAUCGACACGUGUGUUAAUCGUGUAUGGCGGAGCAGGCGAAACGCAUGAGCUUGCAUUUGCUCGUCAUCUUGGAAAUCCGACGGUAGUUGAGGGGAGUGGGAUAACAAUCAGACCAAAAGGCUCUGCUUGGGUCAUACAGUGGAAGGUUCAGAAUGAGCGUCGUGUUCUCUUAAUAGGAGACCUCCGGGUUUAUCUUCUCUGGCGCAAUGAGGCGUACAACUAUUGGCCAAUGGAGGUUGAAGCUAAAGAACCGAUCGGAAACUUCUCAUCUCCAUCUAAAGAUCUGAUAGUUGUCAAAGCGGGCUAUUUGGUUCGUAGCGCACAAUUAUGUGGUCGAGAUAUUUGCUUAACUGGCGAUAUCAAUGCAACAACCGAAAUUGAAUUGAUCUCAUCGCCGGUAGAGACGGCCAACGCAAUUAUACUAUUCAAUGGUGAAAAAUUGAAAAGCUCAGAAACGAAGAGCAAACUGCUCUCCGCUACAGCUGAGUACAAUCCGCCAUCUCUCAAAUUACCUGUACUUGGCAAAUUGAAAUGGAAGUACCUGGAUACGCUUCCUGAGUUACAUGACGAAUACGAUGAUACAGACUGGACAAGUUGCUCGAAGGCUUCCACAAACAAUCCUCGGGCUCUGAACACUCCAAAGAAUCUGUAUGCCAUGGAUUAUGGAUUCCAUACAGGGUCUCUUAUCUACCGUGGUCAAUUUCUUGCCAACGGACAGGAGUCAUACAUAAGGCUUAACAUCUCCGGUGGUACCGGCUUUAGCCAUUCUGUUUGGUUGAACAGCACCUUUCUUGGAUCGUGGAGUGGAACAAGUACAAACUCCACUGCCAUUCAAACACUACCAAUUGCGCAAAAGCUACACCCGACGAAUCCCUACGUUUUGACCAUUCUGAUAGAUGAUAUGGGGCAAGAUGAGGAGGCGCCAGGAACAGACGUAAUCAAGUUUCCUAAAGGAAUAUUGAACUAUACACUAUCAGGACAUCAACAAGCCGAUGUUUCCUGGAAGGUAACAGGUAAUUUUGGUGGCGAGCAGUAUCAGGAUCUAGUCCGUGGUCCCCUGAACGAGGGUGCAAUGUAUGCUGAGCGACAAGGGUUUCACUACCCCAGCCCACCUAAUGCCAAUUGGGAAGUCGCGAAUCCAGUAGAAGCUGGACUUUCUCAGGCUGGUGUUGGUUUUUAUACCACUUCUUUUGAACUUCAGAUUCCCAACGGAUGGGACAUCCCUAUGAGUAUUGUUUUCAAUACUUCAUCGAACGACCGUUCAAAUGCCGGAAAGGGGAGCAAUUAUCGGUGUCAGCUUUAUGUCAAUGGAUACCAAUUUGGCAAGUAUAUCAAUAAUCUAGGACCCCAGCUGUCGUACCCGGUUCCAGAGGGAAUCCUGAAUUACAGUGGGACUAACUACAUAGCAUUGAGCCUGUGGGCUCAAGAUGAAGAGGGGGCUAGGCUCGGUGGCAUAGACCUAGUACCAACUGCAAUUAUUCGCUCUGGAUACCGCACACCGAACGCUGCGCCACAACCUGCGUGGACGCGCCGACCUGGGGUAUACUAG